UGCAGCGUGGCUCAGUGUCUGAAUGAAAGAACCUCUCUCUCUCUCUCUCUCUCUCUCUCUCUCUUCUGUCUGUAUGUAUGGCUUAUGACUGCUGCAGCAAAUGAGCACAUGUCCAGAGCAAACACAGCGAGACUCUCAAAGUGACUCCGAGCUGGAAGUAAAUAUUUUGCAGAUCCUUUGGCUGAAGGUGCACCUUUAAAUCUUCAAAUGUGUUUUGACUUUUCUCCUUUUUCUAAGAAGCUGGAUUACUUCUUAGCAAUCUGACUGCUCUUUUUUUUGUUUUUUGAGGAUUUCUUGGCGUCCAGAAAAGCACACAGUUUUGAGAAACGGUCAUGUGAGGAACAAGAUCUGGAAACUUUCUCUCUUUCAAGACCUCGUGUUGUGAUCCACAGGUGUUUUUCUGCAGAUAAACCAGACACGUGACAAGGACUGAAUCUCUCCACAUCAACAAGACCUUGGGACAUUAAACCUUGGCAGCUCCUGCACAUCUCCUCGCCAUCAAAAGAAUUCACUGGAUCUGGAUCAGUUUGACCUUAUUUUACUGUGUUUACACACUCACAGCAAUCCUGUGCGCUUUGUAGGUCUCUGGCCAGCUUGCAGACAGGUGUGAUGCUGGGUCAGUGUGUUUGAUACACACAGUCACACUUCCAUACAGUUACACACGGUUGCCUGGGACUGCAGAGACAAGGACAUCAAAUGAGGACGCCAAACCUUCUCAGAAAAGCUAACUUUGAGUCUUACAUCUGUGCUUGACAGAUGCUCAUGGACAUGUAACAUGUACAUUGUCUUACAACAAGUCUUCCCUCUUCUCACACAUUAUCGGGAUAUAUCGCACACAGCCUGCUUUGAUUUACUGUAUCAUUAGUUUGAGAGCCAAGCUAUCUGAAAGAGCAUCUUCCAAACCAUGACCCCACAGAUCUGUAAUCUGCAGCAUGCUUUCCUCCCUCACUUCCUUCUCCCUGUCCUGCUGUUGCUCCUCCAAGCCUGGCGGGGGUACUGUCACCCUCAGUGUUUGGACUACAAGCCUCCAUUUGAACCUCGGCAGCCAUUGGUCUUCUGUAAAGAGUAUACCAAGUUUGGAUGCUGCGAUUUGGAAAAAGACGAAGAAAUAUCAGUCAGGUUUUACACCAUCAUGGACAACUUUGACCAAUCAGGUUUCAUGACCUGUGGCAAGUAUGUGCGCAGCAUCCUCUGCCAGGAGUGUUCUCCAUACUCUGCCCACCUGUAUGAUGCUGAAGAUGCCAACACACCUAUGCGAAUGCUGCCCGGCUUGUGCGGUGAUUACUGCACCGACUACUGGAAUCAAUGUCGGUACACACUCAGCCUGCUCCUGGAGGACCUGGGGACCCUGCAGCAGUUUGCAAACUUAACUGCAAUAAUAGAAGAAGAUCGCAGAAAGUUCUGUGAAUUUCUGGAGCUGAAGGACAAACAGUACUGCUAUCCGAAUGUACUUACAAGUGCAGAGCUAAAUGCUAAUCUUGGUGAUGUAAGUGAGGAUCCCACUGGAUGUCUGGAGUUAUGUUUGCAGGAGGUUGCCAACGGACUCCGUAACCCUGUGGCCAUGAUCCACGCAGACGAUGGAACUCAUCGGUUCUUUGUGGCGGAGCAGCUGGGUUAUGUGUGGGUAUAUCUGGCCAACGGCUCUAGGAUCGACCGUCCUUUCCUUAACCUCACCCGCGCUGUCCUCACAUCGCCAUGGGCCGGAGACGAGAGGGGAUUCCUCUGCAUAGCCCUACACCCAAGGUUCACCAUGGUCAGAAAAGCUUACGUGUAUUACUCUGUGUCUGUCAAGAAAGAGGAGAGGAUCCGAAUCAGCGAGUUCACACUGUUACCACAUGAUGACAACCAAUUAGACCACAACUCCGAGAGAACCCUCCUUGAGGUGGUAGAGCCGGCAUCCAAUCACAAUGGAGGACAGCUUCUUUUUGGCCAUGACGGGUAUCUGUACAUCUUCACUGGUGAUGGUGGCCGAGGUGGGGACCCAUUUGGAAAGUUUGGCAACUCACAGAAUAAGUCAGCGCUCCUUGGCAAGGUGCUGCGUGUUGAUAUUGAUGACAAUGAUAACGGGCCCCCGUACAGCAUUCCCUCAGACAACCCGUUCAUGUGGGAGAAGGGAACCCGACCUGAGAUUUUUGCGUAUGGAGUUCGCAACAUGUGGCGAUGCUCCAUUGAUCGUGGUGACCCCAUCACAGGCCGAGGCAGAGGCAGGAUGAUUUGUGGUGACGUAGGCCAGAACAAAUACGAAGAGGUGGACAUUAUUGUUAAAGGAGGCAACUAUGGAUGGAGGGCCAAAGAAGGCUUCAGCUGCUACGAUCGCAAACUCUGUCAAAACUCUUCACUAGACGACAUCUUGCCUAUCUUUGCCUACCCCCACAAGUUGGGCAAAUCGGUUACAGGAGGCUACAUCUACAGAGGUUGUCAGAUGCCCAACCUCAAUGGACUCUACAUCUUUGGGGAUUUCAUGAGUGGGCGUCUGAUGUCUCUGAAGGAGAAUGUCACCACAGGUGAAUGGAACUACAAUGAGAUCUGCAUGGGGACAGACCAGGUCUGCAGAUUUCCAAAACUCAUCAACAGUUACUUUAAAUACAUCAUCUCUUUUGCUGAGGAUGAAGCAGGUGAGCUGUAUUUCCUAUCCACGGGAGUCCCGAGUGCCACAGCCAGAGCAGGAGUCAUCUAUAAGAUAGUGGAUCCUUCCAGGCGAGCGGCACCUGGAAAAUGCAACGUCAAGCCUUCACAUGUUAAGAUAAAGGGAAAACUGAUACACUUCUACCCCAAAGAAGAGUUUGUAAUCAACAAGAAACCGACCACCACUGCUGUACCCACGACAACUACAAGAAAAACUACAACCACAAAAAAAACACCAACAAGAAAAAAACCUAUUAUAAUAAUAAAACCACCAAUACCGACAAGACAAACACUAAGAAAAACAACACCAACAACAGCAGCAGCAACAACAACAACGUCAACAACAACGAGAAAAACACGACCACCAACAACCACGACAACAAGAAAAACAACAUUACAGACAACAAGAAAAACAACAACGAGAAAAACAACACCACCAACAACAACUUUAAAAGCAACAACAACAAUAAAAACAACGUCAGCAACAAUAAAACCAACAACCGUACCAACAACUGUCCAGAUGGCAACAACCACACCCACUGGUUAUCGCACAACCGUCAUGACUGCAGCCUUCUCUAGGACUGCUCAAUCUCCAAUCAUCACCACACCUCCAACCAGGAAACACGGAAGACCCCUUCAGUACCCUCUUUAUACCACCUCCCAACCUUUAACCUCAACACAACGACCCCAGAUGGCUCUGGUUUCUGAACGCUUCCCCGAACGUCCUCAAGCAUUCACCACACCACUGCCACCAUAUUGGAGCCAGAAAUCCCAGAGACCACCAGUCAACACAACAGCACAGAAGCUGUGGCAUGAAGAGAAGCUGGAAAUCGCUGGGGAGAGUAACCAAGUAUUUAAGAGACCUCGGGAAAGAGACAGAGGUCACGGUUACAGGAGAGGACGAAGGCUGAGGGCCGGCUCGGUGCGACUGGUGAGCGCCGAUGGCUUAUCAGAUCGAGGUAGAGUGGAGAUCUUUAUCCGUGGUGAGUGGGGGACAGUAUGCGAUGACCUUUUCACCACCAAAGCAGGUACUGUCGUGUGUCGACAGCUGGGCUUCACGACGGCUUUGGCGGUGAUGAAGAGGGCUGCGCUGGGGGAGGCAGACAGGAAUGUCAAAAUCUUUUUAGAUGAUGUGGAGUGUGAGGGUGGGGAGAGGUCGCUGCUGCAGUGCAAGAGAGCCAGGGUCGGGAAACACAACUGCUCACAUAUGGAAGAUGUUGGAGUGAUCUGCGGUUAGCACAGGGGGGUAAAAGUAAAAGUAAAGUAUAGGAAGGAAAGGAGGAGACCAUGGGGAGAUGUUUGUCACAUACAGGAAGAGGCAGCAUGAGAAAGAAGAACAGUAUUUGUAGAAGGUAUAAAAAGUUAUUUAAAGACUGCACACUUUUAAACAUUAAUGUCAGUUUCCAUGAAAUGUAUUUUUUUUUUUUUUACGUUUUUCAGUUUACAUGUUGAGGUUUUAUUUUUCAUUUCCCAUCCUUGGUUAAAUCCACUGCUUUUUUUUUUACACAGACCUGAGAAUAGAGGAUGGGAGUGUCUCCUAAACAAACUAAUCUGACUGUAACCAAGCUUGUGACACCAUUUAUUAUAGAGAAUAUCUACCGGUACUGGUUAUAACUGUGCAAAUAACUUCCAUUCCAAGUAGUCACUACCAAGCUUCAUACGCUGCUUGUUUGGUGAAUUGAACUUUUAACAAAAUUGUUGGGAGUAAUAACGGUUAUAGUUUAUGACGGAUAAUUCUUAGAAGAGUCCGGCUGGUUGUGUUUGUGGUGUUACUUUCAUCAAUACAAAUUAUUAUGAUGGUCAGUGUGGACUGAGUGAGUCUUGGAGAAACUUUAAUCAUAUUCUGGCUGUGUUGUGUUUACAUUCGUACCAGACAUCCAUGAGUCAAAAGGACAGCAUAUCCUGUUAAAAUAGUCAAUUGUGUUCUAAGAAGAUAUAUGUAUUUUUGUAUUCUGUAAUUUCAGCAGGUCUAUUUUAUAAAGCAGCUUUUUAUAAUUUGAUACCUUCUUGAAUGUAGUUUUAAGAUUAUCUUAACAUCGAUAGAGUUUUAACAAGGAAAUGCUGGACAUUUGGUAUGAUGAAUGUAAUGAAAUGUUUCCAGUUUUAUAUAAAGAGAUUUGAGGGCACAGAGUGCCUGUGAUAUGAAUAAAGUUUUACUGCAAAAUCA